GAGGCGCUUUAGUCGUGAGCGGUCGAUCAUGUUCUGCUCCGGAAAUUAAACAGUUUAUUUUUUCCAAAAAUUGUUUAUAGUCAUUUUAAUAAUUUUCUCUAAAUUGAAAAUUCAUUAUGUUCAACUGUGGAAAAUUUAGAUGACCAAACUACUUUAAAAAAUCAAACAUUUGUAGUAUGAAUUACUUCCUUCUACCGGCAUUUCAACGCUGUAGAAUUUACAAUAGAUACAAUUUGGAGAAAUGUUUGCAUCAAUUACAAGCGAGACUUUAUUAUGGAAAAUGCGAGAGUCGAAGGAACAAUCAUGUGAAUGGAAAAGAACGAAUUCCAAGAAGAAAAGUUUUAAAGGCAAAAAUAUUACGUGACUUUCGUGAAACGAAGGAGAAAGUUGGACUUUAUAUUGAGAGAGAAAAUAUAUGGACUAUUCCAAAUUUACUUUGCAUUACUCGAAUUGUAACUUCUCCCUAUCUCAGUUAUUUAAUUGUCUCCCAAGAUUAUCAGGUAGCUUUGUGGUUCCUGGGCUUCGCUGGUCUCAGCGAUUUAGCUGACGGAUGGAUUGCUCGCACCUGGACAUCGCAGGCAUCGAAACUCGGCAGUGUUUUAGAUCCGGUCGCCGAUAAACUCCUCGUCGGAUGUCUUUUCCUCUCCUUAACAUGGGUGAAUUUAAUUCCCGUUCCAUUGACAAUGCUCGUCGUCGCCAGAGACGUUGGUCUAAUAAUGGGCACAUCAUUUAUUCGCUAUCGCAGUCUUCCCCCUCCGCGCACGGUGGCAAAAUAUUUCGAUCCGACACUCGCCACUGUUCAAAUUAAACCACAUUGGGUGAGUAAAUUAAAUACGGGAGUUCAACUAAUUUUCGUCGCUGGAACACUGGCGGCUCCUGUUUUUCAGUAUGUCGAUCAUCCUAUUCUAAAAGGACUUUGCUACUUGACCGCCAUCACGACAAUAACCGGUGGUUUGAGUUAUGUUUUCUCCAAAAAUGGAUAUCGUAUUCUCAAAAAGAAAUCACGUCAUUCCUCAACACAAUAAUAAUAAUAAACGUGUAUUUAAAAUUGACAACUGUAUAUUGUAUAAUAGCAGAUAUUUACUAUUUUUAAACUAUGUACAGAAUCUUAGAAAUAUUGUGUAUAUAAAAAUAUUUUCUUCAAUGCAAA